AGGAGGGAAGGGUGGUGAGGCUUUUGAACACCCUAAUUCAUUAAACCCUAAACCCUUGUCAGCUGCAAAGGAAGAGAGUGCAAUGGCAAUGGAGUCUUUCCCAGUUAAACCAAAGCUCAAAACCAAAUCAAGAACUCCACAACAAUCUUCCGAAUCAUUUUUUUGGUCUUCCUUCCGAACUCAACAAAUCCCUGAUCUUUUCUCAGUCCCUUCUAUCUCCUUUUCCCCAAUCUCACCUCACUCUUUCGCCGCCGCCAACUCGGCCUCCGUCACUAUAUUCAGUUCCAAAACACUCUCCCCUACUGCCACGAUCUCCUCCUUCAAAGACUCCGUCUCUUCCGUUUCUUACCGUAACGACGCCCGCCUCAUCGCCGCCUCUGACCUCUCCGGUCUCGUUCAAGUCAUCGACGUCAAAACCCGUAAUCCUAUCCGUCGUCUUCGAUCCCACACUCGUCCCGUUCGAUUCGUUCAUUUCCCUCACCACGACAAGCUUCACCUCAUUUCCGCCGGCGACGAUGCACUUGUUAAGUAUUGGGAUGUCGCCGGGGAAACUCAGAUUCUCGAGUUUCGCGGCCACAAGGAUUACGUCAGAUGCGGUGAUUCCUCUCCGGUUAAUUCCGAUACCUUUCUUACUGGUUCCUAUGAUCAUAUCGUUAAGCUUUGGGAUGUUAGGGUUAGGGAUUCGAAACCUGCAAUGGAGGUUAACCACGGUUGCCCCGUGGAGGAUGUGAUUUUCUUGCCUUCUGGUGGAAUGUUCGCGACGGCAGGUAAAAAUUCCGUUAAGCUUUGGGACUUAAUUGGCGGCGGGAGACUUGUGUAUUCGAUGGAGAGUCACAACAAGACGGUGACUUCGAUUUGUGUUGGUCGAAUUGGGAAGGAUUCUGGUGAUGAAUCGGAUCAAUAUAGGAUUUUGAGUGUGGGUUUGGAUGGUUACUGUAAGGUGUUUGAUUAUGCUGCUAUGAAGGUUACUCAUUCAAUGAGGUUCCCUGCACCCCUUUUAUCGAUUGGUUAUUCACCGGAUUGUUCUACAAGGGUGAUUGGAACUUCCAAUGGAAUAAUAUAUGCUGGAAAGAGGAAGGUAAAGAACAAUGAGAAGGCAAUUCUGGAGAGUGAGGCUAGUUCGUUUUGGAGAAUUAGGCCGGUGGAGCGUACUGAGAGGAAGGUUUUGAGACCUACUAGCUUUAGGUAUUUUCAAAGAGGGCAAGGAGAGAAACCAUCUGAGGGUGAUUACUUGGUUAUGAAGCCAAAGAAAGUGAAGUUGGCUAAGCAUGAUAGGCUUUUGAAGAAGUUUAGGCAUGGAGAUGCUCUUGUGUCUGUGUUGGAAAGUAAGAAUCCCGGCCAUGUGGUGGCUGUGAUGGAGGAAUUGGUGUCUAGGAAGAAAUUGUUGAGGUGUGUUUCUAACUUGGAUUCGGAGAAGCUUGAAUUGCUUUUGGCUUUCUUGCAUAAGUAUUGUACUGUUCCAAAGUAUUCUGGGUUAUUGAUGGGAUUGGCUAAUAAGGUUGUUGAAAUGAGGGUUGAUGAUAUAAGGAUUUCUGAAGUCCUCAGGAAGCAUAUAAGAAAUCUCAAGAGCACUGUCGAGGCGGAGAUUCGGGUUCAACAGUCGUUGCAAGAGAUACAAGGGAUAAUUUCUCCUUUGUUGAGGAUUGCUGGAAGAAGAUGAAAUUUUGGCCUUCAAGACUCAAGUUAGGAUACAAGGUGUUUUUUUUGUCCGUAGACGAAGUGACAAGCACCAUGAAAAACUCACACACAUACAAAUGCAAGUUCUUUUUGUUCACUUAUUCUAUGUUAUUUUCUAGAGUGUCUUUGUUUUUCGUGGUUUAAGGAAAUUUCAGUUUUUUUAAGAAUUUUUUGUGUGCCUUGUAAAGCACCUGGAAAUGUUUUGACUAAUUUUGAGUUACUAUCUACUUAAUCUGUAAGCUAUAGGUUCAGAUUUUAUCUCCAUAUAGUUAUGUUUUGUAUGAUAUCCAUCAGAAAUUGCGUAUCUUUUAUGUUUUGAAUGAUUGGUUUGACAAGUCUGUUUUACACUUGAUCUGGGA